AUGCCCACGUUAGUGCCCGGAUAUCAUGAAAGGGAUACGCCUAGGAUUGUGUGGGACUGCGGCGAAAUGGCUAACUCUAAGACUGAGUAUGUAAGGGCUCCCACUUGUGCUUCUGGUUCCGAAAUUAUCUACGCCUGGGCUAUGGACGCACCGGCACUUGUACUCCCAGAAGGCGUAGGCUUUAAAGUCGGUGGCGAUACGGGUGUUAACUAUUUGGUCCUUCAGGUCCAUUACGCCAAUGUCGACAAGUUCUUGAACGGAGCUUUCGAUAAUUCUGGGAUUAUUUUGAAGCUUUUACCCCAAAAUACACAAAAAGUCAAUAAAAGGGCCGGAGUUUUGCUAUUAGGCACCGGAGGAAUGGUUCCAAAUAAAUCUAUUGAACAUAUGGAGACGGCGUGUAUGAUAGACGAGCCCUUAGAGUUGCAUCCCUUUGCAUUCCGUACGCAUACCCAUAAACUGGGGAAAGUUGUCUCUGGCUUUCGAAUCACACCCGACGGUCGAUGGACUCUCGUUGGACGACAUAAUCCACUGAAACCACAGAUGUUUUAUCCGGUGAAAGACAAGGAGUUUGUGAUUCGCGAGAACGACGUGAUGGCCGCCCGGUGCACAAUGGAUAACUUCUUGGACCAUAUCGUGCGCAUAGGCUCUACCGGUGACGACGAGAUGUGCAACUUUUAUAUGAUGUAUUACGUGGACGGCGACCGCAUUCUCGAAAAGAAAUACUGCUUCAGUCCCGGCCCUCCUUUCUAUUACUGGCAGUCGGACCCCAUUAUACCCAACGAUGGAUUUGUUCCCAAAGCUAUUGAUAUCGAAGCGAGUCGUCUGAGUGAAGACGAACUAUAAGUUGUUAUUACAAUCAUAUUGUGGCAGACAAUAGGUCUUAUGCUUUCAUUUUCAAACACACAGUCUUUUUAUUGUCUUGUUUUAUACCGUAUUUAUAUAUGAAUUCUAUUUACUUUUUAUUACUUUUAUUUAUUUUAAAUGAGUAUAUUUUUCAUAAAUUAUAAAUCAUAAUUGAUUUGUUGAUUUUCCAUAGCUUUACAUAAGAGUUAUUGUCUGUCAUUUUGCCACCGAUUGUUCAAUUACUUCAAUCAUAGCUGACAUUCUCUGGUAUUUGUUAUGUUUUUUUGUGCCAAUAAUUGUUUGAUUCUUAUAUUAUUUAUUGAUUUUAAGAGAUGUUUCGAGCAUUUAUUUAAGCGCUUAUGUGUUUGCGAUAAUCGUUUGUCAGUCUAAUCCAUGUCGUUAAUCUUAGCAAUCAUUAUUUCCAAACCAUUCGUUUCUUUUGAAUUUGAUAUUUAAAAACAAAGCAAUUAUAAAAAUAAUUUGUAAGAAAUGCUCCAAAUAUGUCAUUCAAUGCAAUUUCAAACACACGAGCGUUUAAAUGAGUGCUUAUAUCAUGUGAUGACUCUAGUCUUAUAAACAAACUUAAAUCCAAUUGAAAUCUAAAAAUGUUUUUUAAACGUAUUUAAAAAGAGCUCUUUUAUAACAAAGAAUCUGAUGAUUGUAUGGAUCGGUAUUUUCUGAACGGUUUUAAAGCUCACUAUUUUUGUCUGUCAAUCAUUUGUCCUAAAAGUAACCAAUUUUUGGUAUAAAUAUCGAGAAAACAAUCUUUUCGUUGAAAGUGUUUAUGAGAGACGAUAGGAAGAGAUAUUGUUUACGGAAUAGUAUUUAAAAAGCGUUAAAAUUAAUGAAAUUUUAUUAAAUAUUCCUUUUCACACUAUAAUGUCAUUACAAAAGUUAUUAAGAAUUUAAUUUCAAUUUUAUUGAAUCGUUUGUAUUAAACCAAAUAAAUUAAUAAUUUACGCCAUUUUAUUAACAAUUGUUGAGUGAAGUGAAGACAACUGAGUCGUCCAUUUGUCUAAAGCGUUAUAACGGGCGGCGCUAUUCGUACUUCUAUUCAGUUCCAGCACUUGGUUUACCUGAUCUAUACGGCCCUCAAUUGUACUGUAAUUCAAUGUUUUGUUUUAUAUUAUUAUUUAGUUAUAUUUCAAAUAAAAUUAUUUUAUUUAUUCACAAA